AUGAGAGCAAGGCAGCUGGUCUGUGGAAUUUGGAGUCUGUGUUUCCUGUUCUGUCUUUUCUGCAUCUUUCUUCACCAAACAACAGCUAAAAGAAAACUGAAGUUUGUGUCCCUAGUAUUUCGCCAUGGUGAUCAUACCCCACAGGAGUUUUUCCCAACUGAUAAGCACAAAGAAAUUGCAAGACAACAGGGAUAUGGCCAACUUACCAAGCUUGGCAUACAACAACAGUAUGAACUUGGCCAGUAUAUGAGGAGGAGAUACUCUCAUUUCCUGAGCGUUGUAUACAAGCAGUGUGAGAUUUAUGUUCAAAGCACUGACUGUGAUCACACACUUAUGAGUGCUCAGGCAAGUCUUGCUGGACUGUACCCACCAACACAGGAUCAGAUUUGGAACCCCAAAAUCCUUUGGCAGCCAAUUCCAGUUCACACAAUGCCACUGUCACAGGAUAAUUUGCUAUACCUACCUUUCUCACACUGCCCAAAAUACAAGGAGCUUCUGAGAGAAACCUUUGCAACUAGGGAUUUCCAAAGGCAAUUCAAGCACUACAAGCAAUUUUUGAAGUUUCUAGCCAGUCAUACGGGAUAUCCAUUGAAGAAGUUGACUAGUGAAAGGAUUUGGAAGCUCUCUGACACUUUACAAUAUGAGGAUAUUAACAAUUACACUUUACCUGUUUGGGCUACUCAUGGUGUCAGGACCAAGCUGAUAAAGCUGUCAGAAUUGUUAUUGCAGGCGGAAUUUGGGUUCCACAAACAAAUACAAAAAUCACGUUUGCAGGGAGGAAUUCUUUUAAAAACUAUUCUAAAGCAUAUCUUAGAUGCUAGAAAGCCUUCAUACCAUCAAAAAAUAGUUUUGUAUUCCACGCAUGCAGCCACCAUUGCUGCCUUACAGAUGGCACUCAAUGUCUUCAAUGGGAAAUUGCCUCCUCACAGUGCCUGCCAUUUUUUUGAACUUUACCAGGAAAAAAAUGGCCAAUACACCAUAGAAAUGUACUACCGGAAUAAUUCCUUGAGGGAGCCUCAUCCCCUCACCCUCCCUGGCUGCAAAUUUCGCUGUCCCCUGGAGAGAUUUACUCAUCUGGUCUCUCCCAUCCUCGUACACUAUUGGACAAGAGAAUGUAGAAUGUAG